CAGGAUUCUAAAGAACAUCCUGAGACCCCAAGGAGAGGCAUCUGUUCUGACUGACUUCACUAUCGGAAGUCUUGCUGCAAAUUUAUUGUAAAGAUGUCAGACUCAGUCCAGGAAGAGGAACCACCAGCAACACACACAGGUCCCAAAGGAGUGAUCCAUGACUGGAGGAAAUUCAAGCUAGAAAGUGAAGACCAUGAGAGCACACCACAAAAGCGAAGAGAGCUCCUCAGGCAGAUGUCCAACCCCAAGGCUAACAAUGAUGAUAAUUAUGAAAGAAUAAACCGCAAGAUGAGUGUUCAGGAGUAUGAGAUGAUCCAGGAGGAGGAUGAGAGAUGCCUGAAGAAAUACCGCAGACAGUGCAUGCAGGAAAUGCAUGAGCGCUUGAGCUUUGGGCCCAAGUUCGACUGUGUCUUUGAGCUGGAAAGCAGUGAAGCUUUCCUCAAGGCCAUCGAGAAGGAGCACCGGCUCACACUGAUCAUUGUGCACAUAUAUGAGGAUGCUGUCGAAGGAUGCGAAGCUCUCAACCACUGCCUGAACAGCCUGGCAGUUGAGUACUCCAGCGUGAAAUUUUGUCGAAUCCGCGCAUCCGCAACAGGUGCAGGAGAAAGAUUCUCCGAUGAUGUUCUACCCACUGUGCUGGUGUAUAAGGCUGGAGAAAUGCUUGGAAACUUCAUCUGUGUUACCAAGCAUCUCAAUCAAAAGUUCUUUGCUACAGAUGUGGAGAACUUUCUCAAUGAGUAUGGCUUGUUGCCAGAGAAGGAAUUUGCUGCCUGCACUGAUGACGACGAAGAACUUGGUGCGGAAUAAUCCACCAAGAUCAUGCUAGUGAAAAAGAGCCAAAGUUGAAGAUCCAUGGCAAAAUGUUUGAGACCAAGCAUAAAGAUGGGCAAUAAGUUUGUGUACACAUAGAAGCUCAUUCAAAUGCUCUAAUCAGAUACAAACAUCUCAUUGCAGUUAUUAGGCACUGCUAGGACUUUGCAUGGGGAAUGGUAAAACACACUUAUAUUAACCAAAGGAAGAUAUUCCUUAACAGUAACUGACCAAAGACAUCAAGACUUAAAUAAAAUGUGUGAAACCUAAAAUUGCAUUGUAAAUAAUGAUUUUUAAGUCUGACCCAUCCUUGUACUUUUGCCAGAUAAAGAAGGGACAGUCGAAUUUAUGGGUAUUUCUGAAACUCAUAAAGGAACUUUUAAUUCUUAACACUUACAGAUUACUUUGGCAUUAAUAAGAAACAUCAAUCUAAAGUAAUUGAAUUUUGGUCCAUAGUGGCGCAUCGUAUGAACACGUUGAAUAGUGCCAUGGACAUGGUCUAAGGUCAUUCAUUCCUUUCUUUUAUUAAUCAAUUCAUGAUGUCAGUCCACUAAUCUGACAAGGAAAGGUGUAUAAAACAAAUCGGUGUAUAAAAAAUAUCACUUUCUGAUACGUCUAAUGAGUGAAGAGAUGAUGUGUAAUAGACAUGCCGUAUGUCAUGUUUUUCUUGGAAUUCUAGAUUAACAAGACAUUUUUAAGAAGUGGGUUUAAACAGAAUGUGGAAAAGAGACAGGAAAUUUUAAAAUACCUCACUGUUUGAGAAUCAUUUCUUUUGGCUAACAUUCUGCAAUUCUGAGAAGUUGUUUAAGAAGAGGUUUGUAUUACAGCUGUCUUUCCAGUAGUCAGUAAUUUAUAAACAUAUGUACUUCUGUACAUUGUCAAUAUUUUGGGGUACAUAUGAAAUGUAAAGAUUUUUUCUAUAUAUUGUAUAACUGAUUGGCAUUUUUAUAGUACUGACAUCAUGUUAAACAUAUCAAACUGAAACUAUAGUGUAUACGACUUGCUCUUACUUCAACCUAAAUAGAGUUGUACAAUUAACAAUCAAAAGGAAUUUUAAUUUUAUUGCUCCUUACUAGUUAUUAUUCCAUUACAACUUUUAGGUCCAGGGUGUCCAGUUUAAUCCUGAACUCUGGUAAUGCCUGACUAUGGAGUUUUUCAUUUCCUCUUAAAUUGUUUCUAUGGGUUUUUAAAUGUUUAUAUGAUGCAAAGUGAAUUGGGCAUGAAAAAAAAAA